AUGAGCUCAGAAUUGCCUCCAGGCCGGUUGGGAAACCUCACACCGGAACAAGAGGAGAAGCUUCGCCAGUUCUGGGUCGCUGUGUUUAAGGUGUGCCAGAUUGAUUUGUCUAGCUUCGAUCCCGGUUCUGCCGCGGAAAGCGCCGAUGCGCCUGACGAUGAAGAUGGUUCGGGGGACACUGUUCUUGAAACCAUCAGCUCAGCAGCGGCCAGUGACAGCAAAAAAAAGGACAAGAAAAAAAAACGCAGCCUGUUCAAGCGGUCAAAGAAGGACGGGGGCACAAAGGAUGGUGGUUCUAAAGACGGCAAUCCGGCAGGUGAGUCUGUCGCUACUGUGACUAAAGCAGUCUCCGCUGUGGACCUUGCUGCAGCAGGCGCGGAUGACAAGUACGGCCAGAGCAAACUAUUCCAGGAAGCACUGGCCAACCAAACCCCUGAGUCCAUCCGUGACACCUUAUGGGCAAUGGUCAAGCACGACCACCCUGAUGCACUCUUUCUUCGCUUCCUCCGAGCCAGAAAAUGGGAUGUUGACAAGGCCCUUGUCAUGCUUGUGUCUACUAUGCACUGGCGGGCACGGGACAUGCACGUCGACGAUGAUAUCAUGCUGAAGGGCGACGGUGGCGCUGCUGAAGAAGUGGCCACUGCCACCGAUGAAAAGGCCAAGACCAUCAGCGAAGAUUUCUUGGCUCAGAUGCGCAUGGGCAAGAGUUUCCUCCAUGGCUCAGACAAACAAGGCCGGCCCAUUUGCAUCGUACGCGUUCGGUUGCAUCACCAAGGCGACCAGGUCGAACAGAGCGUCGAGCGCUGCACGGUUUACAUCAUUGAGACAGCUCGCCUGUCUCUUCGCCCACCUGUCGAUACUGCGGUAAACACGAUCCCUUCAGACAAACGUUCCGCCUUCUGUGACUACAACUUGGUAUCGUUUACUAAUAAAUGA